CGUGAGAAAGGAGCUUCAUACGAAGGCACGCCAUGGAUCCCUUACAAAACGCGAAAGUUAAACAAUACGUGCUAAAACACUCUCUGCCGCAAAUUUAUCAGGCCCUGUUGACAGCUUCAUGUUUGUCAAGCCCAAAUGAUCCAAUACAGUUUCUGGAAAAUAAACUUGUUGCCCUUCAAGGACAUCAUAAUCUCCACGACAUUGACUGGUACACAUUUGCUCAUGAUGCAGAAAACCAAAUAGCAAAAACCUCAUUGACACGUGGCAGGGUGCGUUCCAUCUUCAAGGAGGCCGAAGACUCGCUGCCCACAUAUCUGUUAGAGAAAGUCUACUCCUGUUACCGAAGACAUCUAACAAAGUAUUGCUUCAGACAAUGGGUGAAGUACAUCACACAAAGGAAGAGGAAGGCCUACGAGCUUCACCAGAAGAUGAGGUCGGCUGGAGAGCACUACGGGAGGAAACGGCAGGGCCUAGCACUCACAAGUUGGAUCAGCUGGUUAGGAUUCAGAAAGAGCGUCCAAGCAGCGGUCUUUGAGAAGCUUCAGAAAGUGUUCAAUGGCAUCCGCUUUAAACGCAUAAUAACCAUAUGGAGCUUUGCUGUGAAGGAAUCAAAGAGGACCAAGGAAUACUUGGAGACACUGGAUAAGGGUGUGCUGGAGAUGAGCGACCAGGCUGGAGAGGGAUGUGACAGUGUCUCCGUUCUCCCCGGGAAGCUCUCCAAUAAGAUCUUCCAGUAUUUAGAGUUGCGAGACCUGCUGAAAUGUGAGCUAGUGUGCAGUACGUGGAGAGCCAUCACACAGUCGGGGCAUCUGUGGAGUCGGGUAAACUUCUCUGUAGAAAAAGACUGGAUCACUGACCUGACGGUCAAGGAGAUUCUACAGAAGUACCGGCCCUUUGUCACCAACCUCAACCUACGCGGCUGCACGUCCCUUACCUGGCUUAGCUUGACAUGCAUCAAUAAAUGCAGAAACCUCCAGGACGUCAACGUGUCAGAGUGCUCCAAUAUAACUGAUAUGAUGGUGCAGAGCCUGGUGGAGGCGUGUCCCAACCUCCUCUACCUCAACCUCUCCUGCACACCGGUGACGAAUGAGGUCCUGCGGGCACUCUCAAGAAGCAGUCUGAGCCUCCAGUACCUCAGUCUGGCCUAUUGCCAGCACUUCACAGAUAAAGGCUUAAAGUAUCUUACCACAGGGAAGGGCUGCCACGACCUGGUCCACCUCAACCUGUCUGGCUGCACACAGAUGACAGUGGAUGGAUUCAGAUACAUCUCAACAGGAUGCCCAUCACUCAAAGAGAUUGUGAUCAAUGAUAUGGCCACGCUGUCUGAUAGAUGUGUUGUGGGUCUGAUCGCGCAGUGUUCUUCUCUCUGCGCCCUCUCCCUCUUGGACACGCCUCAUCUGUCUGACGCCGCCUUCAAGGCCAUUGCAGAAGUCUCCAAACUCAAGGCUUUCAGCACGGAGGGAAACGGCCGCAUCACGGACAGCAGCUGGAAGGCCCUGUGUCACAGCUCUCCCGGUCUGCGCAGGCUGCAUGCAGCCGAGUGCCCCAGGAUGACAGACGCAUGCCUGAAGUCUGUAGCCACCCUGAAGAACCUGAACUACCUAGACAUCUCACAUUGCAACAAGGUGAGCGAUGUCGGUGUGCGGUUUCUGACAGAGGGCUCUGCUGCAGCCAAACUGAGAGAGCUGAACCUAAGUCACUGCAGUAGAAUCCGGGACAUCUCCGUCAUGAGGAUCGCCCAGAAGAUGUUGAAACUGUUCCACCUCAACCUGAGUCACUGCAGCAGUCUGACUAACAGCAGCUUGGAGUGUCUGACCGGUAGCAGGCUCUGCUCCCUGGACCUCAGUGGCUGCAGCCUCCAGGACCAGGGGCUGGGGGCUCUGGAAGGCGUCUGUCUAAGGAGGCUGGUGCUCUCGCAGUGUGUCCACAUCACAGACGUUGGCGUUGAGAAGCUGUUGAAGCGUCUGAGAGACCUGGGCCACCUGGACGUCUCUCACUGCGUGGGUCUGUCCGACAACGCCAUCAAGGCCCUCUCCUUCUACUGCAGAGCACUGGUCAGCCUGCGCAUGGCUGGCUGCCCCAAGAUGACCGACGUGGCGCUGCAGUACCUGACGGCUGGCCUGCGUUACCUGCGGGAGCUGGACGUCAGCGGCUGUGUGCGGCUGAGCGACCGGAGUGUCCGUCUGCUGGAGCGCAUCUGCCCACCGCUGGGCAGCGUCACCCUGGCUUACUGCUGUGGCAUCUCCAAGACGGCGGCCCUGAGGCUGAAGCCACGUGUGAAGUGCUGGGUAAACAGCGUCGAUGACCCGCCCCUCUGGUUCGGUUACAACAACAUGGGCCAGAUGCUGGAGCCAAUCAAAAGCCCCAGCCAGAGUGAUGUCACUGGCAGGCAGGGGGAACCAGCGGAGGAGACGGUGGAUGAAGAGAGCAGCAAACUGACCUGAGAUAGAAUCAUGCACCCCUUCAGAUAUCCGUUAUGCUGUGCCUGCAGCAGGGGCGUGUCCACUGGGUCACAUUGAGAAGGCCCUGUGUUGUGGAGGUCUGGUGGCGCCCCCAUGUUAUUAUGGGAAAAACCCACAAAUUACAUUUGAGCAUUUUAUUUUUUUUGACGCUAUUGUCAAAAGCUACUUCUAAUAAGUGUAUGUAACAAUGAGUACAUAAGAAUUAACAACAAAGGGUAACUGCUUUUAA